AUGAUAUUCUUAUUCUUUCCAUUUUUAUCUGCGCAAUUACUUUAUCCCUACCCUUAAAUUCAAUCUACUGAAUCACUAGAACUCCUUCAAAUUAUCACCUAAUAACAACAAUGCUCACAUUUAUAUCAACAUUCAAAUCAUCAAAAUAUCCAUACAUAGUAUAUCCAUUCUAAUAAUUAUCAAGAUUAUUAAUUUAAGCUAUCCUCAACUAAUGGAUAAAAUGUGCCAAAAUUGCUAUUCAAUAUUAUAAUCACAAACAAUUUGAUCUAUAUCCAACAUUCUAAAAUAUUAAACUAAACCACAAUAGCAAACUCAAUUAAACGUUGUUUGAAUAAUUGACUAAGCUUUUACCACCACAUUCUCCUUUUUUAAAUGUAUUAGAACCGUCAUAUUUGUGGGCCUAAAAUAUGACACAUGUUUUUUUAAAAAUCAAAUUUACUACCAAAAUUGACGUACCUGGAGCAUAAACUGUCAAUAAAUUUCUAAUAAAUAUAACUGAACCCUCCUUAUACAUAGAAGCAUACUCAUUUGAAUUACUCAAUCGAUAUGUUUUAAGAAUUCAAACUUAUAAAUUUAUGAAUCCAAAUUAUUUUCAUCAUAAAUUUGUUGAAUUAGGUUAAGUUAUUAUUGAAAUCCUAAAGAGUCCUUCUCCUUAUUUUUGGAAAAACAUCCAUUCAAAUAUCAUGUACAAUCCCCCAAAUCAAUAUAUUUGGUGGGAUAUGUAUUAUUAAUAUAGAGGAUAAUUAGAAGUGGCAUUUGGAUUAUUAGAGGACACUGAAAAUAAAAGAGAAGAAAUCGAAAGAUAGAAACUAUCAGAAGAUUUAAAGUUGAGAGAAAGCAAAAAAUAAUAUAAUAAAAUAAAAGAGGAUAAUUAAGAAUUAUAUAAAUAAUUAUAUUGUAGGUUUUGUGCUCCUCUAAAUGGAGAUGAAUGGUCAAGUUGGAUUAUAUGA